GGCCUUAUCUUGUCUCUUCAAAAGCAUGAAGGAUUUGUGAGGCAUGGUGCUCAAAGGAUAGUGGAAUGCUUCUUGUUUUAUGUGGUGACAUACUGUGAAUUUGAUAGUGUAGCACCCUCAAAUAAGGCAUCCGCCUAUUCUUGCUUUUGCUAUCUACUAGGCAAGGAAAGUCAAUCAAUAAAGUCUAUGAUGUGGGCAACCGAGCGACUUGAGGUCAAUAAGCUAAACAAAAGGGAUCCAAGGCAAAUAAAAGAUGUCUUAUAAUAGAAAUUUGCAUUCGUUCGUAUGUCGACAUCAGAAGCCUGACAUAAAGGUUGAGUUACAUAAUAAAAGAAAAACUACAAGCCCUUUUUACACUGCCAGCGCAAUAUGCCCAUGCUAGAAGUGAUAAAAAUGUUUUGGUAAGGUUCAUGUGUGUGUGAUAAAUGCUCGACCACGUGUGGCACAGAGACAGGUAUCAAAUGUUUCUGCACUUGUUGUUUCAAGACACCGACAGCACUUUCCAAGGUUACAAUAUUUUAGACUCUAGAAAGCCUAUUUUUGUUGUCUUUGAGUGCAAACAGCGCGCUGUCCCUAUCUCAUAGAAUGAAUUAGGUGAGCACCCCUCUCCUCUCUUAGACACUAGUAAUCGCAUUCCAGACUCACUUCGUAUUGUAGGGGUCUGAAAGCACCGUGCCACAGAUGCAGCAGUGAUUCAUCAGUGAAGUGCGUAACCCAUAAUAUUCUCUGUUGUCUAGUUGCGUUGAAAGCGCACAUGUUAGUAGCGUGAGUGUGAGCACCCUUGAUUUUGAGUCAACGUCAUAUUGAAGAAGAGUCAUUCAUGAAGAAUGGUUUUCAACUAGUCUUUAGGCUACGUUCCAGCGUUUAUUUGUGCAUUAGCAAGUCCGCACGUUCAUUUAAUGCUGCCUAGAAGCCUUCAAUAUCCUUCUAUUUAUUUUCCUUUCUCUAAUCUAGCUUGAUGAGUUUAAUCUCAGUGCUAUUUUUAGCGCUCCAUGUUCCUAAGGGACACCGAAGACUACCUUUGGUGACUCCACCAGACAUAUCUUCCACAUACAUCUUCCCCUUCCUUUUUAAGUUCCUUUCGGAGACCCUCAUUGUUGCUACUAUUAUUCGCAGAGUAAAAUUUGAGCUACGGCAUGUUUUCCUCAGCUCCCCUUUCAUAUUGUAAAUGUAUGCAAAUCUUAUGUUGUUUCACUUUAUCGCGUUUUUGAGAUCCAAAAAUGCAUUGAUGUGCAAUCAAGUAAUUCAUU